GUAGAAUCUGGCACAGUGCCUGGCAUGUAGAAGAUGUGAAUAUGCUUUUGAAUGAGUAAAAAAUGAAUUCUAUCCAAAGAAAGAAAACAGCAAAUGAGAAUUUAAAUGGCCUUGCUGAAAAACCCAAAUAUGUUUCCCCAAAAGUGAUGAAGAAUGACAAGAGCUAGAGUUGGUCUCUGGAGAAGAAAGAGGAUUUUUGGCAAAUGUGCAAAAGAAGUUAUUGCGAAAUUGAAGUUUAACUGGAAAAAAAUAAAAUCAUAAACAGAAGGCUACACAUGCGUAAAGGUGACAGCUAUAUUGUGCGUGUCAAGGCCGUGGUUAUGACCAGAGAUGACUCCAGCGGGGGAUGGUUCCCACAGGAAGGAGGCGGGAUCAGUCGCGUGGGGGUCUGUAAGGUCAUGCACCCCGAAGGCAAUGGACGCAGCGGCUUUCUCAUCCAUGGUGAACGACAGAAAGACAAACUGGUGGUAUUGGAAUGCUAUGUAAGAAAGGACUUGGUCUACACCAAAGCCAACCCAACCUUUCAUCAUUGGAAGGUCGACAAUAGGAAAUUUGGACUUACUUUCCAAAGCCCUGCUGAUGCUCGAGCCUUUGACAGGGGAGUGAGGAAAGCAAUCGAAGACCUUAUAGAAGGCUCAACCACUUCAUCUUCCACCAUCCAUAAUGAAGCUGAGCUUGGCGAUGAUGACGUUUUUACAACAGCUACAGACAGUUCUUCUAAUUCCUCCCAGAAGAGGGAACAACCUACUCGGACAAUCUCCUCUCCCACAUCCUGUGAGCACCGGAGGAUUUAUACCCUGGGCCACCUCCACGACUCAUACCCCACGGACCACUAUCACCUCGAACAGCCAAUGCCGAGGCCCUACCGCCAGGUGAGCUUCCCUGACGACGACGAGGAGAUCGUGCGCAUCAACCCCAGGGAGAAGAUCUGGCUGACGGGCUACGAGGACUACCGACACGCUCCCGUGAGGGGCAAGUCCCCGGACACGUCGGAGGACGCCGACUCGUACGUGCGCUUCGCCAAGGGCGAGGUCCCCAAGCACGACUACAAUUACCCCUACGUGGACUCCGCGGACUUUGGCCUUGGCGAGGACCCCAAAGGGCGCGGGGGCGGCGUGAUCAAGACCCAGCCGUCCCGGGGCAAGUCCCGGCGGCGGAAGGAGGACGGCGAGCGCUCCCGAUGCGAGUACUGCAGGGACAUGUUCAACCACGAGGAGAACCGGAGGGGCCGCUGUCAGGACGCGCCCGACUCCGUGAGAACUUGCAUCCGCCGCGUGAGCUGUAUGUGGUGUGCGGACAGCAUGCUCUAUCACUGUAUGUCGGACCCCGAGGGAGACUAUACAGACCCGUGCUCGUGCGAUACUAGCGACGAGAAGUUUUGCCUCCGGUGGAUGGCUCUUAUUGCCUUGUCUUUCCUGGCCCCCUGUAUGUGCUGUUACCUGCCCCUUCGGGCCUGCUACCACUGCGGGGUGAUGUGCAGGUGCUGCGGCGGGAAGCACAAAGCGGCCGUGUGACGCGGUUUCCCUCCUUCCUCUCCUCCUCCUCCCCCCACAGCCACAAGGGAACUUGUUGUCUCCGACAUACUCUCAUCUUCUUCCCUGCUCCCUGGUACCUUGAGGCGCUGUCCCAGCCUGGGGAGCCUGCCUGGUGGACUCUGCACUUCCCGCCCCCCCGCCCCCCAGCCACCCAUUCUGCAUCAGACACACACCCAGACACACACACACGCACGCACACAGUGUUCGAAGGAAAGGAACCUCCGCACAGACACUCGUGUAUUAUUAAUCUGUAAUCAAUCUGUCUUAUACAUGUGUUGAUUUCAUGUCUUUCCUACCCACCUCUUCCAUUGCAAAGGCGCCUGUAUUCGGAACUGCCGGUUUGGGGUGGGGUUUAUAGUUGGUUUUUCCCAGACGCUCUUUCUCUUGGCUCAGCUUGCUGGUCGCUAAGGAGCAUCGGGUUCCUGCGGAUAGGUAAUGUCAGAACGAUGAAACCCCACCAGAAGUAUUUUAACCUGCAGUCAGAUUAUGUAUCGGAGGUGAGCUAGUUAACAAACUUCUACCCCAAAACAAGAUCGCUUUAACUUUUGUAAAGCCAAAUUUCCCAAUGAAGCUGCAGUUUCUAUCCGGAGCCCAUCAUCAUUCUCUGUCAAUUAUUUACUGAUGCAAAACAUUCACCCAUAAAAUGAGAAUUGAGCCUUAACUUCAGAUUAACUUGUGUGAAUCAGGAAAAUUCCUUAAACCGCAUUGCAUCCUCAUGGACCAGGGCUAGAGAAGGGGGAUUUCAGGUCUCUCUGAGCCUCCACAUAACCCCUAAAGUAGAACUUUUUAAAAUUGUGUUACCACCAUUUCUAAAAAUUUAGCAAUAUUAGAAGAAAACACUAAGAAAUUGUGCUCAUUGUUUGGCAAACGAAAUAGUCUAGACACACACACACACGUUCUCCAAAGAGUUACAGUUGAAAACGAAAUAGUCUAGUCAUACACGCACACGCGCGCGCGCACACACACACACACACACACGUUCUCCAAAGAGUUACAGUUGAGACACUGAGGUUGUAGUAAAUAAGAUUAAAGGAGCUUCCUCCCACACCCCCACUGGCUAUUUCCUGGGGGGGUGGGGGGGUGGUGCAUUUUAAAUGUCCUAAAUCAGAAGAAUGGUGGGUUGCAUUUUGUUUGUGGGUUUCUGUUUUUGUUUUCAUUCUGAACUGAAUUUCACAUCACCAAAUUCUUCAUUUAUACUUGGGGGAAAAAAACAAGGCCAUAUGUAAAAACCCUUCCAUGCCUAAGUGUCUUUCUCCUGCAUCUCCAAUCCCAGACUUGCCAGUUCGGGUGCACAGAUGGUUAGGUUAGCAGUCUGGGUCUACCUGUCGCCUUGCCAUGUAGGAGGCUUCUAAUUAGCUGGAAAAGAGUAUUUUUCUAAUAUAUUGCAAGGAGUAGCCAAAUCUUCUUGUUGCAGAAAGAAGAAAAGUGAAGAGUGGUACCUAGCAUAGUACAAUCAGAACGUCAUGGAGACCGUAGGAGACAGGCUUGUCAAGGCUGGCCGUUCUUCCCGCCAUGAUUUCCCUGUGGUAAUUGCCAGCUGAGGGCAUGGCCUGCUCUCUGUAUUUCCACUUCCCCCGUCCCUUCUCUAUUGCACACAGGACAGCAGUCUUCAAGGAAGGGGACUUUUUUCCAGUCUGCCAAUCAUAUUGGGGAAGUGCUAGCCAUGCUUACCUUCAUGGAAUGUUUUCAGCUCAUCUGAGCGCCCAUCGCAUUUCUUUAGUCAGAUCAUCGGUGUAAAUACUCCGUGUGCUUAAGAGUUAGUUGGUAGACGUUUUUCCUUUGUUGGAGUGACUGGUUUGGGUCUUCCUGCUUGGAAAAGGAGCAGAGCGCUGUCAGUCUGGUGAUGGAAGAAACGAGAACUGCUUCCCAGCCUGGAGAACAUGUAGAAGACCUCCAGCCAGCCUCCAGACCCUGUCAAGAGACCAGCCCCCACCCCCACCAAGUCCCCCGUCCUGAGGCAUUUCCUCAGGGCCUUUCUCAAGGUCUCUCCUCUCUACAAAGCACAACACUAAUGUAGGUUUGUUAGACCUCAGUUCAAGUGCCCCUAUUUAUUUCACUAGGAACACACAUAUCCUGCUGCGUUUUGUUUGUAGCCCCUGUCUAGUGGUUACUUACCCCUUGUUCUGUUCCACCCCUUUGAAGAGUUAUGCUAGUGAAUCUUACUCCGCCUAUACGUUUUGGUCUGUGAAGGCAGCGAGCGGUUAAGGGCACAAGGACAGCCAUAGGGACAUUGAUGUAAAUACGUCUCUAAUUGCCACACUGCAGCUGAACAGUGUGUAGUUAUUUUCCCAGUCAGCUUUGCCAUACUGACGUCAAUCAUUUGAGAGAAAUUAUUCAGAUUUUAUUUUUGUAUCUGUGGUAACAAAACAUUAACCAAAAGAUUUGUUUGGAAGCUUCCUCUGACCAACCCCCCCCCAAGCUAUUUGCUCACAUUAACAAAGUGCCUGAAGCAUAAUUCAUUCUUUACCUGUAUACUAAAAACCCUGUUGUAUUGAUUUUUUUAUAAUAAGCCUUUUUACCUCUGUGUAAAAAAUAUAUAUACAAGUGUAUGAUGUACAUUUUAGUUCUUAACUUUUUUUUAUGGUUUCUAAUAUGUAUGACCAAUGUAGCCAUUGCUUUAAAACGUACCAUGUAAAUAUAAACACAUCC